CGAGUUAAUUUCAAAAUGGCUGCGUCCGCGGGAUGCGUGCUCCGUUUUUAGAGGCGGAUACAGACCCCAAGUUUUUAUACGUUUUUUCGACCUCAUACACCGCAAUAUUUCUUCCAAAUUCACCGACAGCAACAUGUUCGUCACGGCCAGGGCCAAAGUUCUCGUUCCGAGGUACUCGUGCCGUCUCUGCAGCAACGUUUUCGCCGAACCCGCGGCCCCUACCUCUGUCGCCGCGGUUAACGAAGGCACCAGCGGCGUGGAAAGCAAGCGCGACGUACGGGACGUCUCAAGACUGAACCGACGCGCUUACAUGAGAGGCGUCAAAGGGCAGUACACCGCGCCCGAAAACGAGUUCGAAUACUACACCGGCAACAUGCGACGAGACUACGCAAGGUACGGUCGGAGCACGGGCCUGAACCCAGGCAUUCUAUGGCCCUCGAAAGAGCAGCUCCGCGAAACCGCGUACUACGAGGCCAAGUUUUACCCGUCGAUCCGCGAGCUGCUCGACAACGAGAAGGCCAAGAGGGACGCCGAAGCCGAGGAGGCGCGGAAGCGCGAACAAGAGGUGGAGCGCAACAUCGCCAAGGUGAAGGAGUGGAGGUUCGCGAUGCUCGAGCGAGAAGCCAAGAAGAAAGCGGCCGCCGAAGAACAGCGCAUUCAGCGGGAAGAGCUCAUCAGGGAGGUGCGCGAGUACAUCGGCUACAACGUGGAGCCGUCGGACCCCAAGUUCCAGGAGGUAAUGGAGAUGAAGGAGGAAGAGCGGAAGCAGGCGGCCAAAGAAGCGCGCAAGAAGGCCAAGCAGGAAAGGAUGCUGGCCAAGUUGAUGGCAGUGGGAGCGGUAGAUCAGAAGGCCGAUGCCGAGAAGGCUGCCGAGGACAGCAAGCCCAAAGGAGCCAAGAAAGUGUCGGAAGCGUCUUCGUAGAAUGGGCGAGCAUUUCCCUCGAUUGGUGUAGCUUUCAAAUAAAGGUGUAUAUAGGCU